AAAGAAAAGAAAAAGAGAAAAUGAAUAAGUUCACAUUAUUUUUGAUAACAUUGUCAUGUUUACUUCAAAUUGUAAACUCUCAGCUAAGCCCUAAUUUACGUAAAUUAUUUAGUGCAGUUUUCAUCGAAAAAAAACUUUACAUUUAUGGUGGGUUUAUGGAUAAAGAAGAUGCAAAUGCUCAAAAAACUCCAGAUGAUAGAUUUUUUUAUCUUGAUGUAUCAAUUCCUUUUGAUACUUCAAACUUGCCAUGGAGAGCGAUACCAGAUAAUGCAAAAAAUUUACCUCUAGAAUCUUUGUCAUCAAUAUUUACCGGAGGUUUGGCAGCAAGUGUUGGAGGUGUAAAAAAUGAAACGAUAUUCUUUUUAAAUAAUGAAAAGGAUAAUACAACAUCACCAGUUCACUCUUACAAUUCAUUAAAUAAUGUAUGGAAUACACAAAAUUUAUCUGGAGUUAGACCUAUUGGUAGAAACCAAAUGAGAGCUAUUACUGAUAAUAACGGGAAAAUAUAUUUACUUACUGGGUUUGAUUUCACUGCUCAAGAGGUAAAUCGUGCCAAUGGAUUAUUUAUUUGUGAUACAAUAAAUUUAAACUGUGUAAUAAAAGAUGCUCCUUUGUCUAGACUUGGUUAUGGUGUUACUUUAUUACCAAAUGGAAAUUUAGUUUACAUGGGCGGAGGGGAUAGAAAUUAUGUUCCUAUUUCAGAUGGUUUUAAAGUGAUAUAUUUAUACGAUCCAAUUAAUGAUAAAUGGGAUUCAAAAGUUACUACUGGAAACAUCCCACCUGCAGAUGUUGGUAUAACAACAGUACUUGGAUUAAGUGGGGAUAAAAUAAUUCUUUUUGGAGGUAAUAAUGGUGAUAAUAAUAAUUUAUAUGUAUUGGAUACUACAAACUAUGAAUGGUAUGUACCAGAAGUUAGAGGAAAAAGUCCUGUAUUUAAACGCGGUGAACAUUGUGCUAAUGUAAUUGGAAAAUAUAUGGUUGUAACAUUUGGUUCCAAUGGUGUCCUUCAAGCUAAAUAUAGAACGGUUGGUGAAAGUGAUGUACUUUUGCUUGACAUUAGUAGUGAAUCAGAAUAUAUUUGGACGACUUCUUUUGACCCUUCUUCGUUAACAAAUAACUCCACGUCAUCAGUUUCCUUACCAUCCUUACCGUCAAAAUCGAAAAAAUAUUUUAUUAUUAAAAUUAGUUUUAUUGUUGGUUUAUUAGUACUAAUUAUUAUAUCAAUAGGAGUUUUCAUGUUUGUAAGAAGACGUAAAAGAAAUGCAAAUGUCAUUCCGACUCCUGGCGAUGAUUAUGCGUUGCAUCAUGACAAAUCUAAACUUUAGAAUAUUUAAAAACAACAUCAUCGUAUUUAGAAUUUAUUAUAUAUAAUCUAGUGAGUAAAAUCUGUUAUUAAUUUGCAUUGUAAUAAUAUACAGCUAUUAUAUAUUUUUUGUAAGGUGUAGUAGAUCUUUAAACAUAAGAUUUGGCGAAUUUUAUUGAAUACAUUGUUAUGUAACGUUUAUCUUCGUAUGCAAAAAUUCUUUUUUUUUAUUAUAAAUUACGUCUUAUUAGAAACUUUAAAAAUAUUUAAGUGCAAUAAUUUAAAUUUUAUA